AUUUUUAAAAAGGAGAGCAAUUAAAAAAUAAUAACAGAUAAAAAAAUGAGAAAAAGAUGCCAAAAGAGCAGGUACCACGUAGGAUAUGUACGUCAUUCUUUUUAAUGUAAUUCUGAUCUAAAGAUACUACGCGGAAAAAUAUUGUUUGGAAUAUCGAUGGGGAGCGUGUGAGAAGGAAUUUGCGUCUCGGAGAGACCACGACGAAACUGCACGCUGCUCGAGUACGAGAGCACUCUACGCACUUUCGAAGGAGAUUCGACGCGUGUCCGGCGCGGUCGCGCGAAAAGUCCGGUUCCGUGCUAAUUAAGAUAGCGCGCGCGAUGCCGUGAAACGUUCUUGUCGAUAAAGUUCCGUGAGCCAAAUGACUCGUCGAUUUUGCGCGCUCUCCUCCCGGACGCGUGCUGGAAGUCCUUAAAUAGUGUUAUCGCGUAUCUAAACGCGGGCAGACGCCCGUGCAGGGACGAUAAGAGAAGAGGAAGAACGUAGCUUGCAAGAGUGAUCCGCGUUCUCGGCGAGACCAAGCCAAGGAAAAUCGGCGACUUACGAUCUUAAGAUCACUCGGGUGUCGUGAAGAUACUAACGAGAUAGACUGGCCGCGACCGUGAACAGCGAGCAGGAGUUUCCCGUUAUCGAAUCUUGCGGAAGACGAGUAAAAAAAGGAGCGAUUCAUCCGUUCGAUGAGAUUUUGUAAAUCUCAUGGUUUCCUGGAGCCUCUCAUGAGACGAAUUGCACGAUAAAUAUAAUAGAUAAACAACAAUUUUUUUGAAUCUUCGCUGUGUCUGGCAACGAAAAGAAUUGAAAAGAAAAAAUAAAAGAGAAGAAGAUGGUAUACCGAGGCAGUUUGCAGACGGAUGAUCCUAGGGAUGCACCGAAACUAGUCCGGGUGUCUCCUUUGCGUAGCAGCAGAUCUGCCAAUUUUAGUUCAAAUUCGCGAGCCAUUACAACCGUCAAGAGCCCAAUUUAUCAUAACUCAUUCGCAACGUCAAUCGACGCCAAUCGAGCGCGGCUGAUCGAGGAAAGGCGAUUAGGACGCGAGCGGGAUAUUGAGUCGGUCGAGAAGGUAAUUAUGAGGACCACCGGUAUAAAAAUCGGCGCACCUAAGCUGCGCAACAUCAGUCAGAUUCGUGAAACCGUUUUCUUGGAUCAAUCGCUAACGCCGAUCGACAAAAUUGGCAAAACAGACUCGAAGAACCGACCACGCAGCGUUGUUGCUGGUUUCGAGGAUGGCAAUGUCAGGAUAUCGAGGACUCAUAAUUCUUUAUUGGCGGAUCUGAGAGACUUGGAGAGGCUAAGGAACACUCCACCAACGCAGCGGAAUCACAGAGGUCCUUCACAAAAAACAGACUUGAUGGUAACGAUCUCAAGUAAAAGAAACGACGCACCGACCUCAGCCAAGAUCCGAUCGGAUAUCUUCAAGAUCCAGCAGAUGUUCCAAUCGACGGAUUCUUCACCUAAGACAGUGACUAAGAAUAGCAACGACAGGAAGAUCAAAAGCGAUUCUGAGAAAGAGGAGAGAAAAUCCGGAACGGAAAUCAACAGGACUCGGUUACUAGCGCAGAAGCUUCUGGAGGCGUCCAGAAGCAAUCGGGAGUCGUUGAAGGAUCGAUGUAACAAUCCAAAGAAUGUGUUUAAUAAGAUAUCGAGUAAGAAUACGAACGGAAAAGCAUUGGAUAAGAUUCUUCAUGAGAUUCCGGAGAAAGACCUGAGGGACAAGCAAAAGCAGAAGGAAGACGCAAAUUCGGAUUACCAGCCACGUCCUCCCGUUCGCCGAAGAAGAAACUCGAAGAAUCAUCAGGGUUGGAGGGACACAGAUUACAUCGCGAAUGGGCGUUGCGAGUCGGAGGACCGAGGUAUCCGUGAUCUCGAUCGCGGAGAGGACUCAUCAAAUGGAGGAGCAAGUGUGGAAGAAAAUUCUAAGACCAGCUCUAAUCUGGAAAGACCGGAUAUUCUAGCUGGGCUCUUGAAAGAGUCCGAUAGGCAGCUGGCGAACCUGAAGAACGAUCUCGGCGAGAGGGAACGAUCGCGCAGUCAUUGGCGAGGAUUCGUGCAAUCCAUGAGGCUGCAUGACGUAGAGCUCCAUUCCGACAGCGAGGACCAGCGGAAGGAUUUGAACCUGUGGAACAAAAGCAUCAGUCAGCGCUGGCGGAAACUGCGGCGAAGAUGCUCCGUGCAGGAGUCAUCGGAGCCGCAGGAAGCGCUGAUACAGGGUGGCGGGAAUCACGGUGUUAUACACGCAGUGAGAUCAACGCCGACCAGCAGAGAAGCUUCGCCGGCUGCGAAAAGUCUUCAGGAUAGUAACUCACCGAAGAAACUACUGCAAACUAGUUCCCUGAGGUUGCCAGGCACGACGAAGGGUAUCGCCGACAUCCAGCAUGUACUCCGCAGCAAGUUCAGUAAGAUAAAUGCCGGCAUCAGGAAGCGAAAGGCACUGAGUGUAACGGAGGUGUUUCCUCCACAGAAGGACAAUGCCUCGAAUUUCUACGUACCAAGUCCCCUUACCUCGUCUACCAGCCAGACCUUCGAGGACAAUCGUUACGAUUCGAGCGAGCCUGCGUCCUUGCCACCGUAUCCCUUUCACGAUAACCUGGAGACUCUGGCAGAGAGCAGCGUCCCGAACUCGCCCCAUUGCAACGGCAACACCUUCGGCUAUUCCCAGGACAGCUACGAGCAGAAAGACGUUCUCUACGAGAACGUAGCGUUCCCGAGGUCUUCGCCAUCAUCCUGCUGUUCGAGGACCCGGCCUGUUCUCCAACGCAGCAACUCGGAGAACCGCGAGGCCAGCGUGCACGAUCACUCUUACGAGAACAUGCGCUUUCAACGAGUCGGCGCACAACGAGACGAUCUAGCUUCAGGAAGUCCGUACGCAGGUCGACACUUAGCAAGAAGCAACUCUGAGACAAGAGAGCAUUCGUACGAAAAUGUACACUUCCAGAGCGCGAAGAUCAGAAAUCAGUCGGAGCCGUCGUUCGAGGAGAUACACAUACCCAGAGUAACGCCCAGAAAGAGGUCCACCGACUUCAAGGUCGGUGGACAGGUGAAUAAUUACUCAGGCGAGGCUACGUUGAGCUCAGUCAAUGGUAACAAGGAGGAUACACCGACUAGUUUGGGUACAGAGAGAAGUUCUGGUAAGAGAAACCCAAGGAGGCUCAACAGUAGAAGUGUCGCGAAUAUCCCUAGCUCUUCGGGUGCAAACUUGAAAACUUGGCAAGGUACUCAAGACGCGGAUGAAGGCUUGAAUACUGAUUCGGAGCUUGAAGAUAUCGACGAAGCCGCCGAAGGAGAGGAGUCGCGUUUUUGUACUUUGCCAAGACCAAGCAAAGGCGGUGCAUCUUUUACGAUACUGACCGCUAGAUUUCUCAAGGGUCCUGGGCACAAAGGACUUGGCUUCAGUAUCGUCGGCGGUACCGACAGUCCUCGCGGAAACAUGGGAAUCUACGUGAAAACUGUUUUCCCCAAUGGCCAAGCUGCUGACUUAGGCACUGUCAAGGAAGGGGACGAAAUUUUAUCAAUAAAUUCGAAACCUCUUCACGGUAUGACCCACGCCGAGGCAAUCGCCGAAUUCAAGUCUGUGAAGGCUGGAGACGUUGUCCUACACGUAGGACGUCGCGUGAGUAGGAAGAAGAAAGAAACUUUGAGCCUGGCACCGGUUAAUCCCUCCGUCUCGAGGCAACCCGUCACAUGAAUUCAUAAAGAACGAAUUCAUAACAAUUUUUCUAUUUGCUGAAGUUUCAUGAAUUUCAUCUUUUAUCUUUUGAGAAUAUUCACAAGAUAACAAUAUCAAUUAUUGCUAUAAUACGCGAAAGAUCGAGGUAGACUGUGACGUGAUUUAUCUCUAUUCUUUUAAACUUCGAUUCAUAUCCAAAAUGAGGAUUUAGGAUAAGAUUAAUGAAAUGCGCUUAUAAACGCGAUUUCCAUUUUAUUUUUUCGAUAUAUAUAAAUAUGAUAUGAAAAACUGAUUUUUUAUUAAUAUAUAAUACGUAAAGAGAGCGAAUUGGGAAAAGCAAAAUCUCAUUUUUACUUGACAAAUAUAAUCAAACGGUGAGGCGGACACUGUCGAAUCAAAACGCGUUUUAAUUGUAUAGCCGAUCUAUUCGGUACUCGCUACGUUAAGCAUUAAUAUUUAUAGAUAAACUCAUAAUCGUCGUCUAACGUUAGCUAUUAAAACGAUAUAAUAUAGAAGCUAAAUUUUUCUCUUUGCACAUUAAUUCAUCUAUUUUCUUUAUCUGCAUAAGUAAACUUAUAUGUAUAUUUUAUACUUACUAGUAAACUCAUAUUUAUGAUGCCUAUUCAACAAUGUAUCUGUUAUGUGUCAUCAUUACGUCUAAAUUGAAUUGAAUGUUGAGUGGGAAAUUAUGAUAUCAACGUAACUGUUAGUUUGUAUUCGAGAUGUGUGUGUUACAGAAACAUUAUAGGUUGAAUAAUUCUGAUGUUACACAUUGGUUAGUGAGAGACAAGUACAUCUUUCAUUAAGAUUUUCAUAAAGACAGAUGUAUAAUAAUUUUUAAUAUAUAUUAGAUGUAUGUGGAUACACAUAAAUUGUCAAAUUACAAUAAAAUUAAAGAGAUCAAUAUUGUAUCAAUGUUUAUAUCAUUGAAGCUUUCAAUAAAAUCGCAUUUUUAAGUUUACUUAUAUAUAAAUAAAAAAAUAGAUGAAUUAAACGUAUUAAGAGAAAUUUGGCCAUUUACGAAAUAGAAUUUACCGAAUAUGACGCAACGAAGUCCUCCAAUUAGCAAUUAGCAGACGAUUAUUUUUAUAAACUGAAUGAAAAUGUUCAACGAUUUUUGUAUAAUUAAUAACAAGCGAAGGGACGUUUAUUAACAGUUAUCGAAUCAAUGAAGCGAAAUGGAUUCAAUUGUACAAUAUAUUAAUUGUACGACAGAGAUUAUCUCUAGGUAAUGGUCUAGCCAGAUAAUAUAUAUACAAACGAAAUCAUAAAAAUUUAAAUUUGUUCAAAGGAAAUGCAGGA